UCAGGACCUCAGAACAGAUCUCCACGCAGCGCUAAUAAAAUCUCUGCAAAAAUCACCCUUGGUGGAAACGUGGAAGUGCUGUCAGGGGCCGGAGUCCAGGAACAGGAGUGAAAGCAAUUUCAUUUGGAUGCUGUGCCAGACAUCCUCCGACCAUGAGCUACUGGAACGGCGAGAAGAGGAACUUCGUGCAGUACCGCAGGCAUUUUCUGGUGGACAACCGAGUGUUUCAUGUUGAAAGAUGCAUGAGUGUAAUGCAGUCCGGGACACAGAUGAUCAAACUGAAGCGUGGCACCAAAGGGCUUGUUCGCCUCUUUUACCUGGAUGAACACCGGACCCGCCUCCGAUGGCGACCCUCUCGGAAGAGCGAGAAGGCGAAAAUACCUAUUGACUCUAUCUACAAAGUCACCGAGGGCAGGCAGUCUGAAAUAUUCCACAGACAGGCUGAGGGGAACUUUGACCCCAGCUGCUGCUUCACCAUCUACCAUGGCAACCACAUGGAGUCCCUGGACCUCAUUACCUCCAACCCAGAGGAGGCUCGCACCUGGAUCACGGGCCUCAAAUAUCUGAUGGCUGGCAUCAGUGAUGAAGACUCCCUUGCCAAGAGGCAGAGGACCCAUGACCAAUGGGUAAAGCAGACCUUUGAGGAGGCUGAUAAGAACGGUGAUGGCUUAUUGAAUAUUGAAGAGAUUCACCAGCUGAUGCAUAAACUAAAUGUCAAUCUGCCCAGAAGAAAAGUCAGGCAAAUGUUUCAGGAAGCAGAUACAGAUGAGAAUCAGGGAACCUUGACGUUCGAAGAAUUCUGCGUUUUUUACAAAAUGAUGUCACUGAGACGAGACCUCUAUUUGCUGCUCUUGAGCUACAGUGACAAGAAAGACCACCUGACUGUGGAGGAGCUGGCUCAGUUUUUGAAAGUGGAACAAAAGAUGAAUAAUGUGACACUGGAGUAUUGUCUUGACAUCAUAACGAAGUUUGAAGUUUCUGAAGAAAACAAAGUGAAAAACGUCCUUGGUAUAGAAGGCUUCACGAACUUCAUGCGUAGCCCUGCCUGUGACGUAUUUAACCCGUUGCACCAUGAAGUGUACCAAGACAUGGAUCAGCCCUUGUGCAACUACUACAUUGCUUCAUCUCACAACACGUACCUGACUGGGGACCAGCUCCUUUCUCAGUCUAAAGUGGAUAUGUAUGCACGGGUGCUACAAGAGGGUUGUAGGUGUGUGGAAGUUGACUGUUGGGAUGGCCCAGAUGGAGAGCCAGUGGUUCACCAUGGUUAUACUCUCACUUCAAAAAUUCUAUUCAGAGAUGUUGUGGAGACCAUCAACAAGCACGCAUUCGUGAAGAAUGAGUUCCCGGUUAUCCUGUCCAUUGAGAACCACUGCAGCAUUCAGCAGCAGAGGAAGAUUGCUCAGUACCUGAAAGGUAUAUUCCAGGACAAACUGGAUCUGUCAUCUGUGGACACCGGAGAGUGCAGGCAGCUGCCAAGCCCUCAGAGUCUGAAAGGCAAAAUCCUAGUGAAGGGCAAGAAGUUGCCGUAUCACCUUGGGGAUGAUGCAGAGGAAGGAGAAGUGUCCGAUGAGGACAGUGCAGAUGAGAUUGAAGACGAGUGCAAGUUCAAGCUGCAUUACAGUAACGGGACCACUGAGCACCAGGUAGAAUCUUUCAUACGGAAAAAGCUGGAGUCACUGUUGAAGGAGUCUCAGAUUCGAGACAAAGAAGAUCCAGACAGUUUCACAGUGAGGGCGUUACUCAAGGCUACACAUGAAGGCCUAAAUGCACACCUGAAGCAGAACCUGGAUGUGAAGGAUAGUGGAAAGAAGUCCCAUGGGCGAUCCCUGAUGGCCAACUUUGGGAAACACAAGAAAGCUACGAAAUCACGUUCUAAAUCCUAUAGUACUGAUGAUGAGGAAGAUGCUCUUCAGAAUCCUGGCAAGGAGGGAGGCCAGCUGUACAGGCUGGGCCGCCGAAGAAGAACCAUGAAACUCUGCAGAGAACUCUCAGACUUGGUGGUGUACACAAACUCCGUGGCAGCCCAGGAUAUUGUGGAUGAUGGGACCACCGGGAACGUGUUGUCCUUCAGUGAAACAAGAGCACAUCAAGUGGUUCAGCAGAAGUCAGAGCAGUUCAUGAUCUACAACCAAAAGCAGCUCACAAGGAUUUACCCCUCUGCCUACCGCAUUGAUUCCAGUAACUUCAACCCUCUGCCCUACUGGAAUGCAGGCUGCCAGCUAGUGGCUCUGAACUACCAGUCUGAAGGUCGAAUGAUGCAGAUAAAUCGAGCAAAGUUCAAGGCGAAUGGCAACUGUGGCUACAUUCUCAAGCCCCAGCAAAUGUGCAAAGGUACAUUCAACCCUUUCUCCGGUGACCCACUUCCUGCCAACCCCAAAAAACAGCUCAUACUGAAAGUGAUCAGUGGACAGCAACUCCCCAAACCUCCUGAUUCUAUGUUUGGAGACCGAGGCGAGAUCAUUGACCCUUUCGUUGAAGUUGAAAUUAUUGGGCUGCCAGUAGACUGUUGCAAGGACCAAACUCGUGUGGUGGAUGACAACGGAUUUAACCCUGUGUGGGAAGAAACCUUAACUUUUACAGUUCACAUGCCAGAAAUAGCUUUGGUUCGGUUCCUUGUGUGGGAUCAUGAUCCUAUUGGAAGAGACUUUGUCGGGCAAAGGACUGUGUCCUUCAGCAGCCUCGUGCCCGGCUACCGGCAUGUCUACCUGGAAGGACUCACAGAAGCCUCUAUUUUCGUUCACAUAACAAUCAAUGAGAUCUUUGGAAAGUGGAGUCCUUUAAUCCUCAACCCCAGUUAUACCAUAUUGCACUUUCUAGGAGCUACAAAGAACAGACAGCUCCAAGGCCUGAAGGGGCUGUUCAAUAAGAAUCCCAGGCACGCUUCUUCAGAAAGCAGCUCGCAUUAUGUUCGGAAGCGAUCGAUCGGAGAGAGGAUUCUGCGACGCACAGCUAGCGCUCCGGCCAAAGGUGGGAAAAAGAGCAAAGCAGGCUUCCAAGAAAUGGUCGAGAUAAAUGAUUCUGUCUCUGAGGCUGCAAGAGGUCAAGAUGGUGUCCUGAGGAGGACCACUCGGAGUCUGCAAGUACGCCCUGUCUCGAUGCCCGUUGACAAGAGCCUUCCGGGGGCUUUGUCGCUGCCCAUAUCUGAAGCGGCAAAAGACACGGAUGGAAAAGAAAACUGUCUGGCAGAGGACAAGGAUGACAGAAGAAAGGGAGCCGCAACUAUAAAAGACCCACAUUUUUCAAAUUUCAACAAAAAGUUAUCUUCCUCCUCCAGUGCGCUCCUCCACAAAGAUGCCAACCAAGGGCCAACUGCCAGUGUAUCAAACCCAGAACAGUGUGGAGGACGAGGUGCAAAGAGUGGGAGAAUUAAACCAAAUAUGACAAAUGAUUGCCAGGAAAACCACGGUCCCCCCAAAUUCCUCUCUCCAAGGAAGCAUUUGGCGCCUGAUCCUGCAACGAAGGGACUGCAAGAUCUGCAUGGAAUGAGAACCGAUGAGAACGAGCAUGCCGAGGAGGGCUUCUCCGGAGGGAAAAGCAUGUUGUCCGGGAGCGUUCUUUCUCAAAGUUCUCUGGACAGGGAGAACCUGGAAGGCAGCAGAGCCAAGGGCAGAGCUGCAACGUCCUUUUCUCUCUCCGACGUCUCAGGGCUCUGUUCUGACAUCCCUGAUUUACAUUCAACUGCCAUUCUACAGGACACUGAAAUUUCCAAUCUCAUUGAUGACGUGACUUUAACAAAUGAGAAUCAGUCGGACAGUUCCAUCUCAGCACUGAUUGGCCAGUUUGAAGAAAGCAACCACCCUGCUAACGUUACUGUGGUUUCUCAUCUCCCUAGCACCAGUGGGGCAUCAGGAGGUGUUCCUUUGCCGGUCACAUUGGGCAUCCAAACACCCUUCAAGCAUGGUCUUUCCCAGGGGACCCAGAAGGCCUUCCUGUGCUCAUCUCCUGAGCCGAACAAGCUCUCCAGUGCUGAGACCACCAAACUGGCAAAUAACGCAGUUGCUUGUGGAGUGAUUGGCUCUCCCAUCUCUACACCAAAGCCAGGUGAUGUCCCUUCAGAUAAAGCCAAGACAAGGAUCACUGAAGGCAACCUGCUUGGGUCCCCUGAUGCUUCUCCUGGUCAAUUUCCCAAAAGCCCCACCCAUGGAGAGGAAAAUAGGCAAGUGAUGAACAGCCCUGCUCUCUCCAUGGAGCUGGCCAUAGAAGACAUAAUUGCAGACCCUGCUCUCUGUAUAAAUUCUGCAGAGAGCAGUCUUGUGGAAAUUGAUGGGGAAUCUGAAAGCCUGUCUCUAACAACCUGUGACUAUGGGGAAGAAGCUCCAAAUCAACUUGUUUCUCCACCAAAACUGCAGCAGAGCCAGGAGAUGGUGGAACACAUUCAGAGGGGCUUGAGGAAUGGCUACUGUAAAGAGACUCUCCUCCCUUCUGAAAUAUUCAACAAUAUUCCAGGUGUCAAAAAUCACAGUAUCUCUCAUCUAACCUAUCAGGGUGCUGGCUUUGUGUAUAACCAUUUCUCAAGUUCAGAUGCAAAAACGAACCAAAUCUGUGAGCCCCAGCAGCCUAGGGCUCCAGGUAUGCAUGCCCCUACACCCACAACAUCAACACAGGUUCCUUUGGCUGCUUUGAAACUGCCAAGUCCAUGCAAAUCCAAAAGUCUGGGGGACUUAACAUCAGAGGACAUUGCCUGCAACUUUGAAAGCAAAUACCAAUGUAUUAGUAGGAGCUUUGUGACAAACGGCAUUAGGGACAAGAGCAUGACUAUGAAGACAAAGUCAUUAGAGCCUUUAGAUGCCCUGACUGAACAGCUCCGGAAGCUGGUGUCCUUUGACCAAGAAGACAGCUGCCAAGUGCUCUACUCAAAGCAGGAUGUCAAUCAGUGUCCCAGGGCAUUAGUCAGAAAGUUGUCAUCUAGAAGUCAGAGCAGAGUGCGCAACAUUGCCAGCCGUGCCAAGGAGAAGCAGGAAGCUGGCAAGCAAAAAGCUAUGGCCCAGAGCACCAGAGGAGGAGUGGUCCUUAGAAGUAAACCGCCAGCUCCUGCUCUGGCCGUGAACCGUCACUCCACGGGCUCAUACAUUGCAAGCUACCUGAGGAACAUGAAAACUGGUGGCCUAGAGGGUAGAGGCAUCCCAGAGGGAGCAUGCACGGCCCUUCGCUAUGGCUACAUGGACCAGUUUUGUUCAGAUAAUUCAGUUCUGCAGACUGAGCCAAGCAGCGAAGAUAAACCCGAAAUUUAUUUUCUUUUGAGGCUUUGAAUUAUAUAAAGUUGCAUUUUCAUUGUUUACAUGGUACUCUAUAGGAUGCUAGAUUUUUUCCAUUGUCAGGAAAUAUGAUACUGGGCUUUGAAAUGAUUUCCAAAUGUAUUUUUAAACUUGUAUUUUGGUCUCCCUUUGCCUCAUGCAUUUGUACAUAGAUUCUGUGGCUUUUCCCAGGAAUCCAUGAUCUUUCCCCCAAGGUGUUGUAAACUGUGUCAGUAUGAAAUGUGUGCAUGCCCUUAUGUGAAACUUCUCAGCAGCUUGGGUCAUAGAGUGCAUAUGUUGCACACAAAAAAUGUGUUUCCCCAUGUCCUCUGAUCACAGUCCCAGAGGCUGUCACCGUUACUCAGUAAGUGUUGAGCUCAUUAAGAUUAAACUUUGAAAACCAUAAAGGGGUGGAUUCUUUAUUUGAAGCUACAUUUUCCUUCUGAAUUGAGAGACCCAGAUUCACAGUUUUUUUUACCCAUUUAAAAGAGAUGUUUUAAGUGGUUACAUUGCCCUUUAUGAUUUCCACAUGCCACCCAAAGUAUGAAUUCCAUGAAGAUGGAUAGCAUUGCUCCAACCCCACGUCCCUUUUAGAAUAGACUAUGAGGAAGAAAGUGAACUUCUGUAUAUAAGGGCAAAUUAGUUUGUUUUGCAAGAAAUUUUGUUACAUAUUUUUGCUAAUGGCUUUGUAUGUAACAAGAAUCCAGUUGCCAAGCUAUCUGUCAUACUUUUGGAUUAUCUAAUAUUAUAGAUUGAAAAUAAUGGCUUUCAGGAUGAGAGACAUUUGGCUGGGGAUGGUGGUUCACGACUUCACUCCCAGCAGACUCAGAUGAGUCUAAGGCCAGCCUGAUCUACAUAGUGAGCUCCAGGCCAAUCAGAGGCACGCACUAAGAUCCUAUCUUAAAACAAGAGAAACAAAAAGAUAGUGAGAGACUUACAUUAAAACCCAAAGUAGUAUAGACAGACACUUCCCCAAAGCAAUCAAGAAAAAAGGUAUUUUCUCAUAAUCCAAAUGAAUAGAUAAUUAAAAGAAGCCUUUUAUCUUUAGGGAACCAAGUAACUAUAUUUUAGUACCGACAUAUUAUUUUCAUUGUGGAUCCACUUUUUAUUGCAUGUUCAGAUGUUCAUUUGCUUUUUGUACCAUG